AAAUCAUCGCAGUUUCUGCUCCGUGGACUUUCUUACACUGAGUUUCAAGACUGCACGAAACCAUCAAUUGCGCGAUUAUUGACGAAGGAGAAAUCUGGACACCGCCACCACUUUCUAGUUACCGAGUACGGAAAUCCAGCGACAGUAGUUAUCAUCUAAUGGCCACGAAGAACGGCGGAUCCGCCACGGCACCGCCUCGUCCGACGAUCACUCUCCCACCUCGGCCUUCCAUGGAGGCCUUCUUCUCCGGGGGGCCAGGCGCAAGCCCUGGUCCGAUGACACUCGUAUCCAGCUUCUUCACGGAUAAUUACCCUGACUCUGACUUUCGGUCCUUUUCUCAGUUACUCGCCGGAGCUAUGGCUUCUCCGCUUGCUCUCGGUGCGAGGCCCAGCUUGUUCCCGGAAAAUUCGAUCGACAAUUCCUCCAAAGAAGCUACUGCUGAGGAUCGGGGCCAGAAGAAUUCGGGUUUUAAGCAGAGUAGACCCAUGAAUCUGGUUAUUGCGCGUUCACCAUUGUUCACCGUUCCACCUGGGUUCAGCCCUUCUGGGUUGCUUAACUCACCGGGUUUCUUUCAGCCGCAGAGCCCCUUUGGGAUGUCCCAUCAGCAGGCUUUGGCACAGGUUCAGGCUCAAGCUGCCUUGGCACAAUCUCAUUUGCAUAUGCAAGGUGAUCAUCAACAAUCUGCCAUUACAGCUCCUGGUGAACCAUUGAUCGUACAGCAGGCAUCUUUUGUUCCAAGUGAAGCUUCAGACCAGCAAGUGGCACCAUCUGCAUCAGAUUCUAGAAGUGCUCAAAUGGAGACUUCAGAUAUUUCUCACACUGAUAA